CAAGAUGAGAGAGAGAGAGAGAGAGAGAGAGAGAAGAGGAGCUUUGAAAUUUACCGGUAAAAUUAAGCUCCUCUGAAACCUAGAAACGGACGGCUCACUCGAUCAGCUUUACUAGUGUGGGUGUGUUACAGUGGGAGAUGGAAGAUUUCGCUGUUCUCGUCACGGAGCGAUAUGGGUUAAAGCCACAAGGCAAGUCUGCUCCAAUGGCAAUGGCUUCCUUGAAGAAGCGAUCGGUCAACCCUAACAAUGGCGAAACGGCAGAGUUGACCUCGUAUGGUUCUUCGAAUCAUAGCGCUUGGGACACGGAUUUUAUUAUUGAUUUCAAGUUUGACGGUGGGGAUGAGUUGAACAAGUUUUCUUGUAAUGAAUAUGGUAAGAAAAGGUCGUGUUUUAGUGAUGACUUUGAUGAUGAGUUGAUACCUGGAUUUGGUGGUGGACUUAGUCAACCAAGUAACAGCGCGACCGAUACAUGGAAUGUUAUUGCUGAUGACCCUUUUGAGGUUCGACCUUCAAAUUUGGUAGAUCCAUCUUCAGUUACGAACCCAAGAAUUGCUUCUGUAGAUGAGCUUGCAGAAUUUGCUAUGGGUAUUUUGCAUUGUAGCUCUCUGGAUUCUGACAAUGAUGUAGAUGUUGAAGAAAAGAAACAAGAAUUUGGUGUAGAUGACCUUGAAUCCAUUUUCAUCCCUGGGUCCAAAAGUGUACCAGAUUCAUAUGCUACAACCGAAGAAGAAUUUGGUGUGCCAAAAGAGAAAUGUAAUGAAGAAGGUUCGCUUAGUACAAAGAAACCUGAUGCUCCAGCACAUGUCCUGGAUGAACUUUUUCCACUUUUUGGAGAUGACCCGUUUCUUAGAGAAUUUAAGGCAAUUCCAGGGGAAAGUGACAAAAGAAGAAUAGCUAGAUGGGAGCGUGAACAAAGAAUAAAGAAACAAAUGGAUCAGGCUGUAUCUGAUAUGAAUGACCGUGAUCGUCAAAUUCAGAUUGGACAAGAAGAAAGGAGUAGGAUUUCUGAGACCCUUGAUGCGGAGAUUAAGCUUUGGGCAGCUGGGAAAGAAGGGAACAUGCGUGCAUUGUUAUCAUCGUUGCAUCUCGUACUGUGGCCAGGAUGCGGUUGGAAAGCUGUCUCUCUAACUGAUUUGAUCACUUGUGCGGCAGUGAAGAAAGUGUACAAAAAGGCAAACUUGUAUGUCCAUCCUGAUAAAGUUCAACAGAAAGGAGCUCAACAAAAGUAUAUAGCCGAAAAGGUCUUCAACAUUUUGAAGGAAGCUUGGGAUAAGUUCAACAAAGAGGAGCUAUCCUAAAAUCUGUAGGAUCUGUUGGACAAGUUCAACACAGAGUGUAUAUAUGUAAUAAAUAAUGCAAGUAUGGUAAUAUCUCUAUUAUAUUUUGUACAAUAUGUUAAUUUCCGGCGGAACUCGUUCACAUUUGAUGUACAAACUUUGAAAUCAAAUUGUAUUUGUCGUAAUAAAGCAUAAA